AACAUGUGCAUCCUGAGCACUCUACUGCUCUUGUGGGACUUUGCACUUCUGUGUGAUACACAAAGCAAUGUUCAGCUUGUUCAGGAUGACACGGCACCCUUCCAGGUGGAAUUCCAUUCAAUGAACUUCAGAAACGUCCUGCACUGGAAACACCAUCCUGACACACCGGAUGACCUGCAGUAUUUCGUGGAGUAUAAAGUGUAUGGAGACAAACAGUGGAGCGUGUGUAAACACUGCCAGGCUAUCCAGAAACAGCAGUGUGACCUGAGCCAGGAGACGUCUGACCCACGCCAGUGGUACUAUGCAAGGGUUCAAGCUCGAUCCUCCAAAGGUCUUUCACCCUGGGUCAACAGUGCCAGGUUUUACCCUCAAUGGGACACCACUUUCAGCCCACCAAAGAUCAAGCUGAAUGUGACCAGGGAAGGCAUUGUGGUCGGGAUCAAACCUCCGCGGACCCCUCUACAGGGACAGAGGAACAGCAGGGUCUCAGUUACAAAACUACUGAAGCUGAUGUUUAGGAUUUACCUCAUGCACGAUGGGGUGGAGCAGAUUCACGAAACCAAUGGCUGCCCGAGGAAGCUCCUGAUUGAGCACUUAAGCCCCCAGACGACGUACUGUGUUCAGGCUGUGACCGUCAUGGCCCUCUCAGGCCUUACAAGCUCAAGAAGUCCCAAGUCCUGCAUCAGCACCCUGUAAAGCUUCACACAGGUACACACCCUGCUACACUGGAUCUCUACAGCAGCGGAGACAGUCGAGACGGCCGCCAGUGUCCAUCACACUUCCUGCCUUUAUGUUUUUCCACACAGUACACAGGGAGCAAUACCAGGGUUAGGGGAGGGAUCAACCUGCACACUACACACAAACACCUCAUCACCUGAUAGCCAGGUAUUGCUCAUUUGGAAGCUCCUCAGUUUACGCCUGAGUUAAACUAAAGACGCCACUUUCGUUCAGGCUAAGUUUAGUUUAUUUGAUACAGGACACAUUUUGUUGGUGUUUUAGAGCUGGAGCUUAUAACCCAAAUGUAUAUCUAACUGCAGGCACUGUUUUCAUCAUCAGUGUGCGCUAGAACACCAACCAGAAAUUUCUAGAAAGUUUUAAUAUACUGUAUGUGAAAUGAUUAUGUGGAAAAAUAAAUGUAUUGCAAACCA